GCAUCGGAAUAAUGAUGGCGUGCGGUGUCCGCUAAUGGAACAUGUGGACGUGCUCAGUGAGAUCCGUAAACGGUGACUGGGUAUACAGAUUAAUGACUGAAGGCUGCCAACUGUACGCAUUUUAUAUGAAUUAGAUAGACGCAGAGCCGUGCAGCAGUGCAAUGGCAACGUGAAUACCAAAUAGAUUUCAACCCGAUGGGCAUAAACCCAAUGUAAUACGACUGACGUGAUACCUGCUACUAGUAAGCGACAGUCCGCUUGGUGAUUAGUUCAGAUCCAUUAAGUAUUUUCCAAUGCAUGAAGCAGAACAGAUCGCUCGUCGUAUCUCAACACCCGUUUUCUGUAUUAUUCCAGCGCUUGAUUCAAUCAAACAAGUGAAAAGGGAGCCAGAAAAAAGCCGAUUCACAGCAAUUCAUACCCAGUGGGGGUACCCAGGGUAGCAUACGAUGCGGCACAUCAUCUUUUACAGGGAUGCGCGCAUCCACAAGCGGAAUAAUGCUGUUUUUCAUUUGAUUUUAUUGCACACCGCGAGAUUUCAAAAUGUAUUUCAUUAUAUGGCACACGAAACAUAUUGUUGGGUAAUGGAAUUUCGGAAAAAAUAAAGGAGUCUGGUGUUCCUUGAUGAUGGAUAUAUAGUGUAUUGUGUAAAAUGUAUCAGUUGCAUUCCUUCCUAUAAUUUAUAUGGCUUUUGAAGAAUCGGGGUGUUUGUUCAGGCUUCCAGCAGACGUGCUGCAGUGUUUUUACACGUGUGACUCCAGCUGACACUUCUUCAACUGUUUUGAUGACAGUGAAGUUACGGGACACCUUGGUUUAUAGUGAUUUAUUACCGAUGCAGGCCUUUUGUGUUUUGGAUGAUUUUGAAUCCUGUUCAUUCAAGCAGACGUAAUUUCAUAAUCCCGAAGAUCUCUAAACUAGUUCUAUUUUAUACCAGGUUAUAUAACACACAUUUUGUGAAAUACGGCUUAUUGGUCCCAUGUUGAGCCUAUAGGCCUGUGCAGUGGAAUGUGACCGUUCAUCGAUCUUGUAACACUUUUAAUGGGGAUAGUCUAUAAGACUAUAAGAAGUACCAUGACAUAGCCUUACAGAAAUCCGAUAUUUGAACCGCGUUACGUGGCCGACACCCUGGGUAAACACGCUGUUCAUGUUAAAAUUGUACAUCGGUAAGAUUUUUCAAAGCAGUUGCGGAAUGUCAAAACUUUGCAUUCAAAGGCAGAUUCCGAAAUCCCAUGGCGCAUAGCGCAGGUACCUAUGUCAUGGGAUAUUUUCAGUGGGGGUGGUAUGUGUAGUGCUAUCGUAAAUCAGUCAGUGUUGUAACGACACACGUCCCCAUUAGUAAAAUCACUAAAGUACCCUUUGUUGUCCCUUUGGUAUCAGCGCUGUUGAUAGCUGUUCGCAGCUGGAGGAGCUGAGGUCCACGUGGCGCUGCAAACUCCCAUCGUCUGGUGCUGCAUUGCCAUAAAACUAAAAAAAAAAGCCAAAUGUUGGUCCUAGAGUAAAUUCCAUGCACUUAAUCCCUAGACCUCCAACGCAGCUUUCUUAAUUUUGGUUCCUUUGUGCAAUACGCAUGUGCUCUGAAUUGCUUCAGAAAUAGCCUACCGCCAAACGGACUGUCCUUGAAAAGCUGUAAGAAGUGUGGCUAUUGAUUCUCUCUUUUAAAGGUGGAGGCCAGGUGGAAUAUGUGUAUGUGUCAUAAGAUGGCAGUAUAAAAAGCAGGAGCUAAAAAAGUCUCUGUAUGUUUAUGGAUUUUUUUAACGCCUUUAUCAGGGUACCUCUAGUCUCAGCACUUCGCCGCAGUUAUAUAACGAAACCAGGCAACUUUACGCCGACGCCGUGCGGAUUUGCCUGAGAUCCAGUUACACAACAAGCGGAGGAAACGGGGAAGGACGUCACUUAGCGAGUGGAGAGUCCCCAGGGUAACCGGCCGCCUCGGGGCUCCACCCCUGCCUACAUGAAUGAAGCUGCCAUGCUCAUGAGUUACAGCCGCACAUUACCACCCCUGUCGAUAUUGAAUUAUAUCUCUGAGAUUUUGUAUUUCUACCUUUCUUGUGCCUGAUAUGCAGGUGUAAAUGACGAGUAUCAGCGGUAAGGUGAUGUACAGCAGCCGUUUCGCCACAAAUCACUGAGUUGGGAGGUUAGACGGGUAAUAACUCAUCAUAUAAAAAUAAUGGGGCAAGACCAACCAACAGCGGAUUAUCUACCUGAAGAACUGAAUUGAUGUAACUGCAUAUAAAUUAUGAUUUCUAAUGCGAGCCACAACCUUAUAAAUGUUGGCAAUGGCAGUUUGUAAAAUGAGAUUCAUAAAGGGUACGAAUGUAGGCCUAUAAUGAAAUACAUAAAUCCAUGCAUUACCAGAUUUUUAUGAAGUCGAUUAUAAUUUAAAUAAACUAUUCAUUGUUAAAAGGGGAUAGCGAACCUGUCCGUACAUGGACAAACGUGCCUGGCUAAAUGUUUUCAUCGAGAAAAAUAAAAAAACUAAGCUACGUUUUUAAAUACCAUGUCUAAUAAAAAGGCUAUUAAUGUUCGUCAGAAUUCAGAAUGAUUUAACUGGCCUUGGUGCUACAUGUAAGUCCAGAACAUUAGUCUUAUUCACAAACAAAACAAGCUGCAAGUUAAAUUAACCAAAAUAACUCAACCACUGACAGUUAUCCAUUUUUAAAAACUAUUAACCUAAUGGCACAUUUUAGAAAUCACUACAUCUCACUCUCUCAUACACACUCAUUCUCUUGCUCUCUCACUCACUCAUACACACACUCAUUCUCUCUCUCAUUAAUACACACACUCAUUCUCUCUCACUCAUACACACACACACACUCAUUCUCACACUUACUUUCUCUCUCACACACACAUAUACACAUUCACUCACACACACACUCACUCAGUCACUCUUCUUUCUCGUACAUCUCCAUGUGCUCACGUUUCACACUCCCUGUCCCUAAACACUGUGUAUGAUUAAACUGCUUUACCAAAACAGUGUUUUUCUCUGCUGAAAUGCAGCCCAGGUUAAGACAUGUUUUGCCCACUGGUGCUUUGAACUGCGUUUUAAAACUUGCCUACAAAGCAGCUUUAGAUCGUGAACCAUCCGUAUUCAUGCAGUGACACUAUUUGCAAUAUUUUUUGCCGGAGAUAACAGGUACAUCCCUGUUCACAUACCUUCUCCAGUGUACGGAUGGCAGUAGCUGCUUAAUUCUGGAGCACUUGCUGACAAUAUGCCCGUGAGGUGAUAAAUAAUCCGGGCAGCACCACAUACCACGUGUUCCCUGUUUUGCACGGUACUGAGCAGAUUGAUUAAUGCUAUUGUGCAAUACUGCAAGGCACGCAUUUAGCAUUUGCGUUGUAUAUUAGUAGUUUUAAGUAUAUUAUAAUCGGGGUGGCGGAGUCGUUAGCGCUGUUACGUCACACCAGGGUUUGAUUCUCCACAACGGGUCCAUGUGUGUGGAGUUUGUAUAUUGUUAUUGCAGGAAAAUGGACAGAUGGAAGUGCAUUAUAAUUAGUGGCUGAUUCCGGUUUACACUGCAUCCACAUUUAGACCCCUGUGGCACGUUAAUACCACAUGUAUGUAUUUAGGCUUAUGCCUGCUGCAUAUGAUUAUUCACAAACAAAGGCAUUAGCUACAUACUUAACUGUUCUCUCAAAAGGGCUAUAUGAGGAUGGUCAUAGAACCAAAUAGAACAUUAAGCUGGGAGGCUAGUGUUUAUAUUCUGUGUAAAUGCCACGAUAAUCACGCAGAUAGUGCCGUGUUAUACAUUUCAAACACAUCUACCACACAACACGGGACUGGACCAUGUGAUUGGGAGAAAAUGUUUUGCCCAUUGGCAUCAGUUUCUGUCGUCGCCUGUUUUGGACAAUCUUUCAUUGCCAAAUGGCACUGAGUUCCCAGAGAGAUGUCAUUGCAUUAUUUAGAGCCUGGUGGCUCCCUGACUGUAAGUGUGAUGUAUUUCUAAUUGGGGUGUAACUGCUCUGGGAAGCUGCUAAAUAAGCAUCUGUCGGCAGUUUUUGUCGAUUUGUCCGGUUUUGUGUGGGACCUGCCUGUUUGAGUUUGGUGCCUUUGUUUAACGUUCUUUCCCGAGUUAUUCCUCACAGCUAUUUACUACAUCGGAACUGCAGAGGCUAGUGAACCCUGGGCUGUUCUUUUUACACUCUUUGUUGUUGUUAUUUUAAACAGAAUCGAAGCAUAUCUGAAACGGAAAACAAGCUGAGAAAUGCAAGAGGCUGUGAAUAUCGGCACUGUCAUAAAAAAGGGUACAGGCCUGGUACAGAUGUGUGCCCCAAUGGUAGAAUCAAUGUUUGUACCAUUGGGAUACAUUAAUAAUGUUAAUGUACCCCUAGCAUGUGUGAGUGAAUGGUGUGUGAGUGAAUGGUGUGUGAGUGUGCCCUGCGAUGGGCUGGACCCCCAUCCUGGGUUGUUCUCUGCCUCAUGCCCAUUGCUUCCGGGAUGGGCUCCGGUAUAGGCGACCCAGUAGGAUAAGCGGUUUGGAAAAUGGAUGGAUAGAUGUACCCCUAAUGGGCAAAAAUGUUGCAGAGUCCAUUUGUGUACCUUAAAAGGUACAUUUACCUAAAGCUGGGUGCAACUGGGAGACCCUUGGGGGGGGUGUGUCAAGCAAUGUGACAAGCAAUAGUCUCAAAGGUACAAAUUAGUACUUUUUUCUGACAAGCUGUAUCAUAACAUUCUAGCUUAAAGAAGUUUGGAUGGAGAUCUAAGCUCCUUAAUACUCCUACUAUAAUUUGCAUCUUUGCAUAGACACCUGGAGUAAUGCAUGAAGUUUCUCCUUAGUUUUGAUGACAUCCUCAAGUCCUGAAAGCUUUUUGUUGAGUUGUAUAACCUAGUUCUGAUUAUAAAUGAGUAUAUUUAAAAUAAAGAUUCAGUGAUGUUUUAAAAGAGGUGCAGGUUUUUCGAUGACUUACAGCUUGUUUAUUUGAACAGUGUGACACCUGCAAUUUAAAAACGUGACCAAUCAGGUUUCCCUUGUCAUAUGAGCAUUUGAAAUGGAUGCAAACAUAAUAUGUGGAGCUGCAAUGUAGUGAGUCAAACGGAGCUGACUGUGAAGUGUAAAGCUCACGGAAACAGUCAGCCGAAGUACAUUUGGUGUUUACUGGCUGCUCCAAAUGAGUAAUCCUGCCUUUGCCUGCAAGCAGGAAGUCACGAAGCAGCUCCUGACAGUUGGUGAAUUCAGUUUGUUCUCUUGUCUAAAACUUUACUUAUUUAGCUCAGAUCGAUUGGCUCUCAAUUGCACAUUUCAUGAACUGUUCAUCGUUGUGGUUUUUAGGGCACUUCUCCCUUGAAGCCAGUACUCCCCUACCUCGAUGGGAUGGGGGCCAGUGCGGACUGGUCAGCUUUGUCCUGGGAUUUGCCAUCUGAGCCACUCUCCACCCCAACCCCCGACUCCUCAUGUGCUAACCCGCUGGAAUGUGACUCCAGGCCCAGUUCAGGUUUCUACUCGGUCAGCGGGAGCUCCCUGUCCGACUCCUGCUGCUCCGUGUGCAGUGACGGUGCCCAGGGGGCAGUAGGCACAUGUGUGGGCAGUAGGGGGGGCUGCUGCCCCUGGGACUGUCGACCUCAUUCUGCAGACCACAGUGCCUCCCAGUGGCAGGAUGCUAAAAAGCCCCCCAGUCAGAGCACACAGGCAGUGUUGGAAAAGGGAGAAAGGAGGCCAUUCUCUACAGGUGAUUUGGAAAUCAGCGGCCUCCUGUUCCUCUCUGAUUUCUGUUCAGCUCUGGGAGAGGACCCAUCCCAGUCCAUCCCCGGUGCUUCUUUACUCUCCCGACUCCAGUUGGACCCGAAAUUCUGCUCCGACUUGGUUUCCAGGAAAACCAAAGAGGUAUACCCCUACCCUAGUCCCCUACAUGCUGUGGCCCUCCAGAGUCCCCUCUUCACCUCCUGCCAGGACCCCCCAGCGCCUGCACCAACCCCGGACCCCUGCCCUGAUUUGACCUCCGACGACCAAUCCCGACCGGAAGCUCCUGUCCAACUGCGAAACCCAGCGCCUCCCAACAUGGCCCGACUCGACCAGUACAUAUCCAAGCUGGUUCUCCGGUACCACUCCAAGUCCGUGGUAGAGCCCGUCUCCAGGCUGGGCUCUCGGAAGUGGCACACGGGGCCCAGCCGCGGCUCCAGCCAAUCGCUGGCCUCCUUUGACAGCCACAGCGCCGCCGGUGUCACGCAGCGGCGAUCCCUGUUCGGUAACUCCGGUGGAAGCAGCUGCCGGAACUCCAUCAAUCUGGGCAACCUGCCGUCGUUGAACGGGGACGGAGUGAACCUGAACCUCCACCUCAACCUCAACCUGAACCUCAAUCCUAAUUUGAACGUAAACACCACCCUCGACAUAGAUUCCAACGACAGGAAGGGAUCGACCAGCUCUUGUGACCAUCUGGGCAACGACACCCCUACCCCAACGCCCUCGCCAUCUUCCUCGUUCUCCGCAUCCGCCUGGAGGGGCAGGAAGAGGAUCUCGACAUGUCCCCAGACGGUGAACCAUCGAGGCUCGCUGGAGAUUGCGGGGCGCGGCUUCGGCACGCAGGGCUUUUCGCGUUCACUGGACUGGAGCGGCAUCACUCAGGAGGAGGCGGCAGCGAGUCAAGCCCGCAUCUGUGAGAGCUCGCCCAAGAUCUGCGCAGACUCCGAGCGGGUCUGUGAGAUCGCCCGUGUGUCGGGCCUUCCCCGUUCCGUGGUGGCUGGGCUCCUGGAGGAGGGGGUGGAGCUGGACGCUGACUGCUUCAGGAGCGACGAGCAGGAGGAGGCCUGCCCGGCACCCGCCGCUACCUCCCGGUCCCCCAUCUCGAUCCCGGCGCCCUUUUUGCACCCUGCUCUGCCGCAGGAUGUGCCAAAGUCCCAGCCUGAGCAGCCCAGCACUUGGUGGGGCCCCCAGCUUCAGUAUCACUCUGCCUCUGUACCCGAGAUGCAGCCAGCUGCCCAGGCAGCCCCACCGUGCCUCCCAGAAAGCCGUCCCCCCCAGGAAGUCAGAGCCCUUGGCCUGGUCCCCGCAACCCACUCCCCGUCUCACUUUGAUUGCCACCCAUCAGCCCUCGCUCCCCAGAGAUCUCCCUCCCCUCGCAGUUCCCCCUGUGAGGCCCCGCCCCCUGAGCGGCGGGCCCCGCCGCAGCCACGUGCCCUCUUCGUCCCGCCCCCUCUCUCUGUGUUCCAGCGCAGCUCCCCGACGCAGUCGUCGCUGCCCCGCCUGCGUGCCGCUGGCCCCCCGCCUGAGGGAGACCUGCGUCCUCGGGGCGGCUCCCUGAGGCAGGAGGCUGGCUGGUGCUCAGGAGGUGGGGCUUGGAGGGGGGGCGACGGCGAGCGGCUUUACCGGGGUAAGCAUGCUUCUCGAGAGCUGGUGAGGGCGUCGACGGUCACCGGCUUUGUGCGCAGGGAGGGCUUCGGCCGGUGGGACGAGGCGGGGGAGGAUGCGGCCGCCAAAAGGGGCGCCAGCUUCCGGAAGAGACUGGAAGGACUGUUCGGGGGAAGGGAGAAGGAGAGGUGGAGGGGCAGCGAGAUGGAUCGUGGGAGGCGGAAGGCGCAGAUUGAGGAGCCCCCCAGCGCUAAGAAGGCGGGGGAGACCCUGGGGCAGGCGAACUCCGGCCUCCCGCUGGCCGGGUCCCUCUUCCGCUGCGGCUCCCAGGGCUUCCUGGAAGCGCGGCCUCAGCGGCGUGAUGCCCGGGAGCGCCGGCAGCAAUGGGUGUCGUCCCUGGAGAUUGCCCGCGCCGGGCUGGGUCACAGCGCUGUGGGCCUGAGCCUGGAGCAGAGCAGGCCGCUGGCUGUGGCCGGCGGAGGCGAAGACGAGCGGCUCUCCUCCACGGCCAGCCUCUUCCACCUGUCCCGUUCCCAGAGUCCCGAGGGCAGCUGCCCGUCGCUGUCACCCCUCUCCUCCCCGUCGCUGUCGCCCCCGCCCCCACCCCCCCCGCGGCUCACACGUUCCCGCUCCUUCCGGGACCUCGGCCGCAAGGUGUUUGGCUCGGUGAAGCCGUUCACUUUUAAGACUCAGAGUUUGAGGAAGUGAGGCAGACUCUGAUCACAGCACAAUGACGUGCGGGGCAGUGCAUUCCUGCACCACUGGUCGGAUCAUUCCGGUGUAUCAGACUCCGGUUGCAGCCUUGUGAUGAUAUGGAAACCGCGGCCAGCUCAGCAUCCACACCGUGCCGCCUUCCAUUGUCUCUCGGCUGGACUAUUGCAUGGAGAUGGGUGUGUGUGCGCGCGCGUGUGUGUGUGUAUGCGUGCUCUCUGCAGUGGGGUGUGUCUCUUUGCCUUUCUAUAGCCAUGUACUUUGCCCUUUACAUACAAUACCUGUAUUCAGUGACAAAUCUAUUGUGGGGUGAAGUAAACAAAAGCUAUUGCCACUAAAGAAAGUUAGAUGUACUGCCUGUUCAGAAUUAUUUUAAAACAACAGCCUGGAAAUACUUUUCAUCUGUGAUUCUGAACCUUACAGCAUAUUUACGAUUUCGGUAAAUGUUUCAAUUGCCAAAUGUGUUACGGAUCAUUGUAUUAAUGUAUCUGUAAACAUUUAGUCCACUUAUGAUGUAGCUUAGUUAUGGCUUUUUUUCUGUUAAGUGUAAUAUGAAAAAUAUGAUUAAAAUGACAUUUUUGCCUCA